CGGCCGCGGCCUAGCCCGGCGGUUCCGGGGUCGGCGCCGGGGGCUCGAUUCGUGGGCGCCGCCGGUUCCCGCGUGCCGGGUCCCGGCCUUUGGAGGAUGGUGGUGCCGGGCGGCUGGCCGGUGAGUUACGUGCUGCUGUGCGGCCAGGCGGCGUUGCUGCUGGGGAACCUGCUGCUGCUGCUGCAGUUGGUGCCGAGGAGCCUCUCGCAGAACGCCACGGCCGAGGCCGAGGCGGAGCCGCAGCCCACCGGGACCCUCGCCCCCAACGACGCCCGGGACCGGGACCGGGACCAGGCCUGGGACUACACCGACCCGCGCUCUCCCCUUGUCCUCUGCGCCUUCCUACCUGAUGAAUUUAUAGAAUGUGAGGAUCCUGUGGAUCACGUUGGAAAUUCAACUGCCUCCCAAGAGCUGGGUUAUGGAUGUCUCAAGUUGGGUGGCCAAGCCUACAACGAUGUGGAACAUACGUCUGUGCAGUGCAAGGCACUGGAUGGAAUCGAGUGUGCCAAUCCUAGGACCUUCCUACGAGAGAAUAAACCCUGUAUAAAGUACACAGGGCACUACUUCAUAACUACUUUACUGUACUCCUUCUUCCUGGGAUGCUUUGGAGUUGACCGCUUCUGCCUGGGACACACGGGCACAGCAGUAGGGAAACUGCUGACCCUCGGAGGACUUGGGAUCUGGUGGUUCGUUGAUCUUAUUCUGCUCAUCACAGGAGGGUUGAUGCCUAGUGACGGCAGUAAUUGGUGUACCAUUUACUAAAGAGCACGGAACCCAGGCAAGAACCGGGAAAACGGAGAGGCACGGGACAGGACCAGGGGAUGAUGCCGUCCAUAUUGGAGCAGAUUUGAAAUGAAUCUACUGACAAUCUACAACAGGGCAGGAAAGGGGCAGCAGAUUUUAGUGUCUGAUUCUACUUAGAUUACUCAAACAUUUUGAUUGCACUGGAAAGCUAAAUGGAGAAACAUUUCAGCCAGCAACUACAACUAAACUUUAAGAACUGGACUUUUAAAAAGACAACCUUCCCCAACCUCCAAUUACUAAAGCCCCCUCCGUGUGUUCCUCUUCUCCAGUUUUGGCAUACCACGUGGGGAUUGUUUCAUUAAAAUGUGUUUUGGAAAA